CGUUGAAGCCGGAAGUUUACGCUGCGGGGUCACCAAGAGGUCACAUUGUAGUCUUGCUGUUAUCAGUCAUCAAAUUAUAUUAUCAAAUCUGCAACACGACCUUCGCUUUGAAAAUCAUGUGAUAGGGGAGGUUGGACAAGACGCGUUGAUCCUAACUUAUAGUCCGAACAUAUUCCAGCGUUAAGAGGACUACUGAACUAUAAGAAAGUUGAAGACUGGGAAAGUUGGGAUCGUCGGUAAACAGGCGCGAUGGCUUGGACAUGUUACCAGAUUUGUCUGGCGGUGCUGAUGUUUGUCAGCGGAACGAUAAACACGUUAUCCACAAAAUGGGCAGACAAAACAUCUUCAUUGGAUUCCACAGGACAUAUGAGACCAUUUGACCAUCCAUUUUUACAGGCAGUUGGUAUGUUCUUAGGAGAGCUCUCCUGUCUGUUUGUCUUCCACAUCAUACGACUGGUGAACAAGGUCCGUAAUAAACCCAUGGAACUCGGCAACCAGAAUUUCAACCCCUUGAUAUUUCUCCCACCAGCACUCUGCGACAUGUGUGGCACAUCCAUUAUGUACCUGGGGUUGAAUUUGACCUACGCCUCUAGUUUCCAGAUGUUAAGGGGUGCUGUUAUAGUGUUCACUGCUCUACUCUCUGUGGCAUUCCUGGGUCGUAUUAUCAAGACUUACAUGUGGGUUGGAAUAUUCUGGGUCAUCGCAGGUCUGGCCCUGGUGGGCGUGGCUGAUGUCGUAUUUGGGGACCAUGACAAAUCUGAUACAAACGGUAUCAUCGCAGGUGACUUAUUAAUUAUCAUGGCACAGAUCAUAGUGGCAGUGCAGAUGGUUGUGGAGGAGAAAUUUGUGAUGAAACACAAUGUGCCACCUCUACAGGCAGUAGGCUGGGAAGGAUUCUUUGGUUUUACUAUCCUUGGUAUACUGCUGGUCCCUAUGUACUACAUUGAUGUUGGGCAUCCAUUUAGCGACAAUCCAGAAGGGAGGUUAGAAGAUGCCAUUGAUGGAUUUAUACAAAUAUCUAAUAGCUGGAUUGUGGCACUUGCAACCUUUGGUAACAUAGUCAGUAUCGCAUUUUUCAACUUCUCUGGUAUCUCAGUUACCAAGGAGAUGAGUGCGACAACGCGUAUGGUCCUGGACAGCCUGAGGACAGCAUCCAUCUGGGUGGUCACCCUGGCCGUAGGCUGGCAGACCUUCCAAUAUUUACAGCUCAUUGGUUUCUUCCUUCUGUUUGUGGGCAUGUGUCUGUAUAACGACAUUAUCAUCCUGCCGCUUAUGAGGAAAUAUGGCGUGUGCGGGCUUCACCCACCAGAGGGAGAGGAAGGCAAACGACUUGUUACAACCAGUGGGGAUGAAGAUGUAUCUUCAUAUAAGACAAUAGGAGAUUAUGGUGAGCCAAAUGGACUGUUUGCCACGCAUCAAGAGGCUCAGGUCAUCAACUAGACAGCGAGUGGACAUCUGGGGUUACAUGGAUAGAAAUGUUGAACAAUCAGAAAAUAACAAAACAGACAUGGAAUUUCUACAGCUUGACAUUUUAAGGACAUUCUCUUUGUUAAAAACUCUUUGCAGAACUACAAAAAACUUGUGUUAAUGGGCUAAAACAAUUGAUCAUGUCAGGAUGUGACUGGCAAAGAUUGCUUGGUGAAUGUAAGGCAAUAUGACUGGAGCCAUUGUGAGCUCAUGCAGAAGAUCAUGCUUAAUAAGCAAUUCGCUGGAAUGGAAGAAUAUUUGCAUUCAGGUGCUUUUCUGAAGUUAUGGAAUGGCACCAAAAUAAUUAAGAUUGCUUGAUAAAUUAAUUAGAUGAAAACAGGGUAGGCCUACUGCAUACCCAAAAGUGGUCUAAAUGAGAUUGGUAAUAAUAUUGUAUCAUGUCAGAUCUUCGUAUUUUUGUCUUUUUCUAGAACAUUUAUUUAUAUCAUUUUAGAUACAAAAGCAGAUAAGAUUUUUUAAAAAUUGGAUCAAGCAGUGAUUGUUUUUUGGGGAAAGAAAGGGUGCUGAUCAAUAUGCAAUAUGCAUGUAGGCCUAUAUGCCUGUUUUUUUUCUUCUUAAUAAGUUCACUUUGAGUUCACUAUUUUUCAUGCAUUCACUUUGUCUUCAUUCUCUCUCUGUUUCACACACACACACACACACACACACACACAUAAUUUAUUGUUAAGGACCACUUUUUAGUAUAGAAUAUCAUAUCUCAUCUUACAUAUAAUUUCUGUAUUUAAUCUUAAUCAAGUUAUCUGCAUAUUGAAAUUUUCAGUUGAUUGUAUUCUGUUUUAAAUGCUCAUCAGAAUAAUGAAAUUAUUUUUAUUAUA